AUGGACGGGGAGCGCUCGGCCGGCGGGAAACCCGCCCUGCGCCCCGCCGGCCGGGACAGGGGGACAGGGAGACGGGACGGCCCCGCCGACUUCGUGUCUCUGCUCCCCCCGGAGGUCACCGCGCGGAUCUUCAGCGGUCUGGACGUGGAGAGCUUGUGUCGGGCGGCCGUGACGUGCAAGGGCUGGCACAGCGUCAUCGAGGGCAACGAGCGGCUCUGGAGGCGCCACUGCCUGAGCGUGCGGGCGGUGUGCCGGCGGGAGAUCGACUGCGACCGCGGGAACGGCUACUCCUGGAAGAUCACAUUACUGAGAAACUACUGGAAAAGCAAAGUGAAGCAAGAAUGGCUGAGCGGGAAAUACAGCAACAUUCCUUCACGAAACAGCUUGCCAGAGAAAAGCAUGUAUCCGAUGGAUGUCGACACAUGGGGAGAAAUCCUGGAAGCAGAACUUGAGCGGUGAGAAAGCAAUGCUGGCUUCUGCAACUCCAGAACAUUCUAUCAACAACUCACAGACUGCCAAACUGUAAAUAUUUGGCUGUUGACUAUCAGUUGUGUUUGCAAAUGCAUGAUGGAAGUUUAUAUAUUAAAAAAAAAGUUAUAUCUUUUUAUUAUUUGCACUUUAUCUGAUUAAUUUUAUGUCAAAUUCUAAGUAAGACUAUUGAGUUGUAGUUUUAUAUUUGUAAAUUUAAUCAUCUGCUGUAUCGUCAAAAAGAUGUUGAUUGUAAUUUCAAUUUGCACUUUUUAUUUUGGAAGAGAUUACUUUUAAAAAAACCCAA